UUAGCGCACGAGCGUAGCGAGUGUGAUAAACACGGUGCAGAGAAAGGACUACUUUAGUCACAGAUAGGCAUGACUUAAGAGCGGAUUUUAGCCACACUAUGCUAUAAAUACCAUAUCAUCAUCAUAGUAUAUCAUUGCAAGAAAACGUACUCUAUCAAAGCAUAGUAUAAGUAACAACAUGAAUUUAUUGAUAGAUUUUUCUAUUACGAUUUAAUAACUGUGUCAUUGAAGCAGUCAUAAAAAGAAAAUGAAACUCAAUAAUGAAUUGAACGAUGUUAUGUCAUCGAUACGAUUAUACUGUACACCAUACAUUUUAGGGGCGGUAAUAGGCAACAGGCGUCUCGCGCGCAUCUGGGGUUUCAAGUUUCACGGGGCGUAUUAUCUUUUUGAGCGCAUCACCUCGGAAUCCGUCGAUGGCUUUGCGACAACGCCAGUCGAGCGGCUCAAGCUUUCGCGACUCCUCCGCGCUCUGAAGUCAAGUAAAAUGCCUUAUCGAAACCGUCGGAUCGUCAUUUUGCUCCUUCUCUGUCUGACUUUUAGUGCGAGUGUCGUGCAGUGCUACAAACUCGCAGAACUCUGCAAGGACCUAUCGAGCAAAUCCGUGGAGCAUCGGCUAAAGACGCACCUGUUCUGCGAUUACGACGAGGAUGUGCGUCCGCAAAUUGGAGCCAAAGGCAACGCUACCAACGUUGGUUUGAUGUUCAUGCCAAGGUUCAUUUCAUUCGACGACGCAAGCAAUGUUUUCGAAAUGCACUCCUGGUCAAUUAUGAAUUGGACCGAUCCUCACUUGACAUGGAAUCCAGAGGACUUUGAAGGUCUCGAUACCAUACAGGUGCCCAGCGAUUCACUCUGGACUCCGGACAUAGCAGUCCACAACACGCACGAUGCCAGUAAGGGCAAACCUGGUAUAGCCAAAACCAACUGCGGUCUCUCGCACGACGGCCAUGUCACAUGCGUACCAGCGGUGAAAUACAGCACAAAUUGUCUGCCUGACUUCACGGACUAUCCGUACGAUCUGCAAGUUUGUACUAUCGACUUGGCCUCGUGGGCCUACAGCACCGAUGAGAUCCAGCUACUCAUGUUGCGCAAGCCAGUAACGUCGGAUUUAAGCCCAGGUCAGGAAUGGGAUGUUUUGUAUUCCAAUUCCUACGUGUUGAAUGAGAGUUUCAAAAUGAACCAGAAUCUCAGUGCACGAGUUUACUAUCUUUUUUUCAUUAUGGGUAGACGCGCGGAAAAUAUGCACGUAUUGUUAAUUGCUCCUGCUUUCGUUUUAAUGGUGUUGACGCUGUGCGCGCUGUGGAUGGAUUGCCAUUCCAAUGAACGAAUGAUAGUGUCCAGCAUAAGCUUUAUUUGUCACCUGGUGUGCAUACAACAUGUCUAUUGGAAAAUUCCACACAACGGCAAUGAUGCCCCAAAUCUUUUACGUUACUACGAGAGUUCCUUCCUGAUAAUGGCCUUCGUCAUGGUCCUGACAGUGCUGCUGCGCGAGCUCCACACUCUCAAGUCUCCGGCACCCGAGUGGCUGUCCUCUACAACGUCCUCGAUUCUGCGGAGCAAAGUCGGCCAGCUGCUGCUCCUGAGUAUCCUCGAUCCCAAGGCCUCGGCCUUCCUAGAGAUUUCGGCCGACGACAACGACGACCUUGUCGACACUGACACCGAUAACAGACCAAAACCCGAACCCAACACCAGCACCUGGAGCUAUGUUGCUCUGAUGAUCGGAUGGCUCGCCUUCGUCCUGACAUUCUUCACCUACAUCGUUAUGCUGCCGAUGUACCUACCGUACAAGUCCACAUACGAUCCGGCAAUUUUUUCGAAUAAAUAAGCGUUUGCGAAAAAUUCAACAAGAUUCAAUAUAAUAAACCAGCCUCCAUUACAAGCAUAAUUUAUAAUUAUUUAGUAUUUUUCAAAUUUUAGAAGUUUGCUUCUUGAAACAAUUUCGUCGAAUUCCAUAUUAAUAAUAUCUUGGAAUUACAAUAUACACUUAUUACUUUGUCGAAUAAUAUACAAGUGCAUCGCUGGAGAACAAUAAUGCCGCAGCAUAUGCGAAUUUGGUUUUUAUUAUCCUUUAACCAACAUCGAAAAUUUGUAUAUUUUCGUAAAUGUAAGAGUAGCAUGAGUAGCAUGUAAGAACCUUGAAAUUUACAUGGAAUAUUAUCAUCUGACAAUAUAAUAAAAAAUACAGUACGUCGUAUUUUAUAAAUACAUUUAUUUUAUAAAAUGAUGGAGCGCAGUUCAUCCAAAUUAUCCGCAGGCACACAUAUUUAUAAAUACAUUUACUAUAACACGCAAUCUUUCGCAUCAAUAGAACGCAUCGUUUUAUCGGCUAUAUGAUAAAUCAAGAAGAAUUACGAGUAUAAUAUAUACUUUAUACGUAAACGAGCAAUUCAACUUUCAUGUGUUUGACAAUUGAUGAAUAAUGUUGAUAGAUUUACGUUUCUUUACAGUUUCUCCGCAUUCAAGCGAUCUUACACACAUCAUAAUAUAUACACAUGAAUAAUUUGAUGUUUUUUCUAAAUUAUUCAGAACACUCCUAGACCAUACAUUUCAUAGUAAAUUAAUCACACAUAACUUAAAAAAACUUUUGCAUAAAUAUAUAUUAUAAACUUUCUUUGUGAAUAAUUAUUUUCGCGGACUAAAAAUAAGUUUAUUUCUUACACUUAAAUUUCAUUUUCUUUUUUUUAAGAAUCAAUAUAACACGUUAUCAUAUAUGGCGUAAACUUAUAAAUAAGAUACAUGUUUGUACUUUGCAACUAAUUGACUAUUUAACCGUAAAUUUAAGUAAUCAAUCAGUUACAACACACAAUUAAUGACUUGUUUUAAAAAAUGGUGACUUAUUUGUUGAUUUUUCUAAGCCACUAAUCUCUUUCGAUCGACAAAAACAAACAAUAUUGGAAGUGAAAUAUUAAUCCUCACUUUCAUAUUGUAUAUAUUCAAUAUUUGUACUGGUUAUAAGUUCAUUUUUUUAAUCGAAGACUUUUUGAUGAACAAAAAACAAUACUUCGACAUUUAAAAUUAGAUUUCAUGUUAAUUCUCUUAUUUUUUUAUCAUAUAAAUAAGAAAAUAAAUAAGAAAAUAAAUAAAAGAUAAAUAAAAAAAUAUAGACUAAUAAUACAAAGUAGUCUGGAACACUAUACAAUUAUGACCUUCAGUAUAAAAUAGGAAUGUGUUUUCAAUGCUUUUUGUUUUCAUUGAAAAAUUAAUAAAAUUGUAAAAAUUAGUACGUUAGACGCCAUAUGAUAUUUAUAGAGUGCAAUUACACUCUUUGUAUGAAGAAAUUACGUUUACAAUUUGAACUUAAAAUUUUACAUUCUUGUGCAAUACUCUUAAUUACAUUAGUGCGAUUGUAAAAUUUUACGCCUUUGUUACAAAAAUGACUGUUAACAAUAUAAUUAAAAACUAAAUAAUUUAGGGUUUUUGUUGAAAGGCAAAGUAUGAUGUGCAUGAUCAGAAAUAUGAAAUCAUAAACUAUGCUCUGCUAAAAAUAAUAAGCGUUUUCUUAAAUAAAAUGAGGCUUGUGUAUAGUAAAUUAAUAACAGCUGUAAUGCGAGAAAGGUCUACGCAAACAGACACAAUCUUACUGUUUAGACAUUAUUACACAGGGCUUUCGGAGAGAAAAAAUGAGUCAAUUUUGCCUAUAAGCCAUUCACUGCGACUGAUAAAGAAGAUACUUUUUUAACAUGUUUGGCAGAGGUAGAGAAUCAACAGCAGUCCUCUUCGUAUAUUGUAAUAUAGCAUUUCUACAUGCACUCUGCAGUGUCAGUGAAGCUGCAACAAAAAAUUUCUCUUUAUCAUUCUGUUCAUUUUUGGACAUUAUAAAAAUAUCUCUUUGAAAAAUACUUGCCACCAUAUAGUUGUACAAUUCUAACUUGCUUUGUAGUUCCAUAAACAUCGACAACAGCAUGCAAAGGUCCUGCUUUGUAUGGAAUAUCUCUCCCAAAUACACCUUGGUCUUCACCAUUGAUAAUAAAA